UGGACGAGCUCAGCAGCUAGUACAUUAUACGCCAUAACGCGCCUAACUUUUACUUUUUUUUGCGAUUGCAUGUCGUUUAUUCGAUUGAUCGUAAUAAUGUUUUGAAAGCGAAUUGUUUAUUCUUCAAACUAUAAACAAUGUAACGCGACACUAAUUAAAAUACUCCAAGUUUAUUGCAGUAAAAUCAAACUAUUGUUUUUAUGCGAUCAUCUUGCAUUUCACUCAACAGUUGGCAACUUUCUCAUUGCAACCUUUGAAUGAUUAAUGCAAAGUUCAUGGGUCCAUGGUUUUUACAUUCCUUGUUUUUCAAUGACAGCAAGUAUGAGUCAUAAAGCAAUAAUGGUGACUUUGGUGAAACAAUGACUACCUCAAGUGCAAGAAAAAUUAAAGUCUAAAAUGGCAAAGCAAGUUUGAGGAAGCAGUUACUUAUUCAGAGCUCAGUGGGUGUUCUUUUUAUAGAGACUGUUCGACCUCAUUUACAGCGGCAACCAGAUUAGUCAACCUGUAGAUAUUGCUGGAUACAGUUGGGUGAUACUGCACAACAGUACAAGUGCUCUUUUAUGAACUACAAAAAUGCCUAACAAAAGUGAAGAAGUGAAAGAUGUUCAUAACGAUGAGAAAAAAUCUCAAGUUGCUGAAGCUUCCGGAUCAAUAGAUUGUGCGUUAUCUGCAAAAAGUAAUGAUCAAAAUACCCUGGGAAGUGUGCGCAAUUUUAUGCUGGAUGGUUGGACUACAGCUUCUCCACCAAAAUUUGUUUCCCUCGAAGAAAUUAUGAAAGCUGCUAAGGGAAUGCAAAAUAUGGCAUUGGCACACGAAAUAGCUGUUGAUAAAAACUUUAAGAUAGAUAAGUUGGAAGCAGAGGACAAUUCAUUGCACAAGACAGUUAAAGAAAUUGUACAUAAGGCUUUUUGGGACAUUUUAUCAAAUGAGCUAUCCCAAGAUCCACCUAUUUACACGCAGGCUCUACGUCUUUUACAAGAAAUAAAAGAGUCAUUAGAUGAAUUGUUGUUUCCUCAUAAUGCCAGACUAAAAGAAACUAUCAAUCAAGUACUUGAUAUAGAUUUGAUAAAACAACAAGCAGAAAAUGGGGUGCUGAAUUUUCCUCAUUAUUCUCAAUAUGUUAUUUCAAUAAUGGCAAAAAUUUGUGCUCCUGUGAGGGAUGAAAAAAUUGAAGAAUUAAUGAAAUGUACUGAUGUAAUAGAAACUUUCAGAGGAAUAAUGGAAGUAUUACAACUAAUGAAAUUAGAUCUAGCCAAUUUUACAAUCAGCAUGAUAAGACCAAACAUUGUAGCAUCAAGUAUUGAAUAUGAAAAAACGAAAUUCGCUGAAUUCCUCAAAAUCCAAGCUAAUGGAUUGCAAUACACCAAAAGGUGGUUAUUAAGACAUUUAACACCUGACAUGAUUAAUGCUGCUUCUACAGAUGCCAAUUCACUUAAACAACUUACACAUUCACUUUUGGCUGAAGCUUAUUUAGAUUUAUUGGAACUUGACUUUUGUCCCAACGCUGAAACUUUAAUGUUGGAUCAAGGAAGAUUACUUGAUUUACGUAAUAAAACGAGUAGAUUGGCUAUCACGGGCUCUAUUUUGUUGUUAUUAAAGCCCUUACAGCAUCCAUUAAUCGACCAACAUAAGCAAGAAAUCAAAGAACACGUUAUGGUUCUAUUGGAUUCCGUAGAAUCCAGCAAUGAUUUAGAAGGGGUUCUGCCAAAUGUUUUGAUUCAAGUAAAAAGCGAUAUUCAAAAAAUUCUUCAAAAUUCUGAUGAUGUUACGGCUAAUCCAGAAUUUAACAACUUUCUGUCUAUUUUAGAAGGGCAGAUAAUCGAAUUACAUAAGCACGAUCAUAAAAUUCGUCAACUUGUUAACUCCAGAAUAAGACAAUUCUUACAAAAAAUUAUUGUAUCACAAUCGGCGGCUCCACAGCAAAUACCCCCCGGUCUUUCGUCGCUUCAAAAAGAAUUAACUGAUAUAGCAGCUCAAUUCGCAAUACUGAUCGCUCAUAAUAGAAGUGUCUUUAGUGAAUAUUAUCAAGAAAUUGUUGCCACUGCUAUCAACGAAACAAAAUCUAGCUGUAAUCUAAGUGCAAUAGAAACAAAUACAUGAUUGUUUUAAUUUGUAAUUCACUUAUAAUUUAUUUUUUUAUCCUUUGUAAGGAUGAUAUUUGUUGAUAUUUUUGAGAAAAUUCAUUGGCCAAAACGUACUGGAUAAAGUCAUCUAUCGGAGAUAAUAAUUGUUUUAACUCUACAUCAAUUGCUGUCGCAUCGAAAAAGAAACAGCUAUGAUGGUACAUUUAAAAAAUCUUGUAGUAACGAUCGAUCAUAAAUGAAUUUUAUUUUUUAAUUAUUGAUGAUGAUAUUUCAGUAAUUUUGAAAUCAUUCAGAGCAAGUAUUUUAUUUAUAGUAUAAUAUUAAAAUUGAAUCAAGAAUGAUUUCUAACCACUGUAUUUAGAAAGCACACACAUUUUCUUCGAAAUGUAUGUAACCUGGAUAUAAAAUAUUGUAGCAAAAAUAUGUAUACAAAUUAUUGACAUUGUACAUUUUAAAUAUUUUACAAAGUAAAAAUCAUUUUUCUGGAGCAUAGAUCACAAUUAAAUUAUGUACAUACGUACAGUAUCAUUUUUUAUAUAAAUAUACUUCAAAACCACUAAAAAGUAAAAUAUGUUCAAACAAAAAUAUACCAAUACUGUACAAAAUGAAAUAAAUAAAGUAUAUCCGCCUAUAUUGGAUGUAGCCAUUGAU